GUGAGAUAUUCACUGUAUGGAAGAGUGCGAAAGCGAGGGAAAACCGGGAGAGAGAGGGCUGCAAAAUUACGCGGAAGGAAGGUUUCUGAGGAGAGCCAGACUCGGAGGACACAGCGGAGGUCCUGAUGAGGGAAUGCCGAAAAGGAGAGCAGACAUACGGCCAGAGCACCAGACAUGAGUCCGAGAUAUCUGUUGUUGCAGGUGGCGGACUGAAGACGAUGCUGGGUGCCAUGGAAGUUCCAAGUCAUGCUAGGGAUCUCCUCCUGCAGCUCAACAGCCAACGAACCAAAGGCUUCCUGUGUGAUGUUAUCAUUGUGGUGCAGAACGCCCUCUUCAGAGCUCACAAGAACAUUCUGGCUGCCAGCAGCCUCUACUUGAAAUCUUUGGUGGUCCAUGACAAUCUCAUCAACCUCGACCACGAGAUGGUGAGUCCAGGGGUCUUCAGGGUCAUUCUGGACUACAUCUACACAGGCCGCCUCAGUGAGGGAGACCCCACUUCUCCCACUGAACCCAAUCUGGGGGCUGUGUUGGCAGCAGCCAGCUACCUUCAGCUGCUUGACUUGGUGGCUUUGUGCAAAAAGAAGCUGAAAAGAAAUGGCAAGUACCCUCCCCGCCCAGGUCCUGCAUUUCUGCCCUACCCAAAGAUGGGGCCCAACAGUAUGGGUUUAGGGAGUGGGGGCAGGUAUAGGAUUUCCACUCCUGUCAUUCAGUCCUGCCCUCCAGGAGGAAUUUUGAACAGCCAUGCAACCCGGGCAUCACCACUAGAGGAGCUAGUUCCCCAUCGACUGGCCAUUCAUGCUGGGGAGCUGUAUGCUCCCACCUCCACCCAGGGCUCUCAGGUGUUCCCAUCCCUGCAGUCAGCUCUGCCGGCCCAGCUCGGGCGCUCAGCCCACCCCGAGAGGAACUGCUCCCCCAACUAUGGCCUUGAUCUCUCCAAGAAAAGCCCCAACUCACACUCUCAGCACACACCCUCUCAAUCCCACCUGGCAAACACUCACAAUGAUGAGGAGCGAGAUGAGACUCUGAGUGGACGCACCAGUCCCAUGCCAAGGACGAACGGAAGGGCCUUCUCCUCAGAAAAAAUGGAGUCGAAUGACCAGCCAAGCUCCCUCACUCCUCCACCUUUUCCCCAUCUCAACCAGCCUCUUGGCCCACACCUACCCCACCUACACCGCUCAGGCUCCCAGGGCAGAGAUCGCUACCCGUGCCCCCCCAGCCCUGACACCCCAACAGAAGGCGGAGAGGCAGGCAGAGACAUGGGCAACAUCUACCGCUGGGUCAAACACGAGCCACUGUCAUACACAGCUGAAGAUGAAGAUGAAGACGAGGAUGAGGAGGAAGGGGGUGAAAAUGGGGAGCAGCAUCAAAACCACCACAAGGCCGGGGAGGAGAGUGAGGGAGCAGAUGACAAGAGCGGGUCAGGCACGGAGGAGACAGGCAGCAGCGAAGGCCGCCCGUCCCCUUCUGGACCGAUGGGGAGGUUCCACAUGCCGUAUGAGCCAGAGAGCUUCGGGGACAAUCUGUAUGUCUGCAUCCCCUGUGACAAAGGCUUCCCAAGCUCGGAGCAGCUCAAUGCACACGUGGAGACGCACACAGAGGAAGAACUGUACGGCAACUCUGGCGGGGAGCUGGGAAACAGCAAUAACAGCAGCACCAAAAACAUGAGCAGCACCACGAACGGUUACGGGAGCCUGAACAGCAGCAACAGUUUGAACAGUCUGUCCCACCUGGAGAACAAGUCCAGCCAGGCAUUGAGCUCAGGUGGCCUCGGGGAGAUGAUCCGACCCUACCGCUGCUCCUCCUGCGAGAAAUCCUACAAAGAUCCAGCCACUUUGCGCCAACAUGAAAAGACCCACUGGCUGACCCGGCCUUACCCCUGCAGCAUCUGCGGCAAGAAGUUCACACAGCGGGGCACCAUGACGCGCCACAUGCGCAGCCACCUGGGCCUUAAACCUUUCGCCUGCGACUCCUGCGGCAUGCGCUUCACCCGCCAGUAUCGCCUCACUGAGCACAUGCGCAUCCACUCAGGGGAGAAGCCGUACGAAUGUCAGGUGUGCGGAGGAAAGUUCGCUCAGCAGCGCAACCUCAUCAGCCACAUGAAGAUGCACAGCAGUGGAGGGACUGCAGGGGGCCUGACCACAGACGGGAAACUGAAGCUGGACUUUGCUGAGGGCAUCUAUCCACUGAGUAAAUAUGCAGCCGAGCAUCUGGGUCUGAAGCAGGAGAAGGCCAACGAGCUUCUCAUCCAAGCCCAGCAGCAACUGGUAGCCGAUACAAAAGUCAUGGAGAGCCUGUACCCGCUGUCCAAACUGGCUUCGGAGCACCUGGGCCUCUCCCAUGACAACAUGGAUGUCCUGGGCCAAUCGCUUCCCCCUCCUCCACCACAGGCCCUCUCUGAAGCCCGCACCAUUGACCGCUACUCACCCAGCUAAGAUGACCUGUAUAAAUGGCACCAAUAGGUCUGUGUGCACACACAAUUUGCAGUAUUCUAAAGCCAUUCACCUCAAACUCAAUAUCUCCUCUGCACCUCAGACUCAGGCCAAGAGGAAAUGGUCUGCUCAUGCACACCAAAAUGUGUAGACUGUAAGUGCCUUUCUAUGCAUCUAAUGUAUCCUAAGGUCCUCCUUUAUAAAGGAGCUCUGUUCUAUUCUAUGACCAAGAGACACAAAGAAGUACAGUAUUUAUGUACAGUGUAUGCAAACAAACAAAAAAAAAAUUACAGCCAUUGAGCCAAAGUGACAAAUUGAAAACCAAAAUUUGUUUUAUUUAUUUUUGUAUUAUGGUGAAAUCCAAAGAGAGACUGUUGCAAGGAGAGGUUGCAAUCUGACCCUAAACCUGUGUACUAUCAUCUGUGUACAAAAAAAAGCACAUAAGGACAAGAUUCAGGGUUUCGGUCCAGACCUGAAAGGAACUUUUGACCAAAUGAUAACUUUCCUGGACUUCAAAGUAAUGGGAGGAUAUUUUUUUUUCUUUUUUGGGGGGUACUGGACAAUUUAUGUAUCUCACUCUCCAGCUUCUCCAAAUCCUGCUUCCCAAGUCGCAAGGAAAUGACUGAACAGUAACAGCUUCUGCAUUUCGGUAAAGUCUCCUCAGUUUUAUUUCCUCCACAUUUUGAAACCCACUCCCCUGCAUAUUUGCGCAGAUGAAGACCCAUGCUAUGUGACAGUAAUGACAGCUUAAUUAGCCUUACACUCAGCCUUCAUGAGCUAAAACUUCCUUUUUCUUUUUUUUUUUUUUCACAAACAUCCCUUCGCUUUCAGUUGUUAUUGAGAUGCAGUAAGCACAGCCCUGUGAUCUCAGAACUGGGACAUGAUUGCACAUACCCAACUGAUGACACACUAAUCCCUGUUCAUGAUGAGCGUUCGGCUCGUGGCGUAGACGCAACCUGGGCGUUGCCUCUUGACAUUGUGUAAUAUUCACAAUUAUGGAUGCAGCCGAGCAGAAACGGCAGAAUUAAUGGCACAGAAAUCUGUCAUUUACUGUCAAGAGCAAUUGCUCAAUUCACGGCGGCCUGAUGAUUAAACGUGAAGUCGCGGUAGUCAAAUCCUGCAUUGGCGCUCCACCAUUCGACCUCUCAUUUGACCUCCCUCCCCUGUAGUCUGUUGUCUGCUACUGUUGACAAGUCAAAGUGAGUGCAGCCCUUUGCCUUAAAAGCGCUCCACUCACCACACGCAUACACACCCCCUCCCUUCCACACACACACACACACACACACACAGCAAGCUGCUAAUCUUUCUGUGAUAUGAACACAAGAAGGGGUUUGUGGGUCUUCCCCGGGAGCCAGCGGGUGAACAGCACACCCCAGCUGCUGUGCCUUGGUAAUCCCUGUGAAAUCUCACUUUCUCCUGGACAAUUCCCACCGCUCGCCGGCAUGAUGUCCCAUUUCAUGCCUGCCAUCUCACCCCUCUGAUCCACUUAUUAACAUCGGCCUAGCAAAUGUCUCCCAGCGUCGCCUCCCUUUCCCCCGCAAGUAUCAAAUGCAGAAACAAAGAAUGACAUAUUUCUGUGCUGGCUGACCAGCAGUUCCUCCAGCUUGGAAACAAAAGAGCACAUAAAGGUUGCGGGUUGACGGCACAUUUUUGUCUUUAAAAUGUUUAUUCCCCCAAAACAUGCUGGCCUUUUCUUUUCUUUUUGUUUGCUUUUUUUUUUUUUGUUUGCUUUUUCCACUUUUACUAGUCAUUCAGAUUAGAAAUGUCUGACCACUAUAGUGCCAAUGCCAACCUCAGUGGGUGAAUGUGAAGACUAAAGCCAUAAAUACACUGUGAUAGACGGAGUGAAUCUUAAAGGCUUAAAAAAAAAAAAAAACAGAGACAAUGUGCCUGCCUUUUGGGAUUGUUUUUUUUAUGUAACAAUAAUUUAAGGGCUUCUCUGUAGCAUAUGAUCAUAUCAGUGUUUUCUGUCACUUAACCUUUCUUUAUUUUGAUUUGAACUGAAAGCAGCGCACGUGAAACUGGUGCUUACCUCAGGACUGAACCCAGCAUGGGGAUGCUAAGCUUUACUAAACCUUCAAAUUACAACACACACACACACACACACACACACACGCACACACUUUUUUAUAUUCUUAUUAACAGGGCAGUUGUCCUGUGUUAAACCUGUGGUUAUUUGUGUUUAUACAUUUCUUGUUACAGUUUUAUGGUGGAGAUAACAUGUGAUAUUAACAUUUUUUUGUCUGUUUUUAUUUUUACUAUGCGGUAUACAUUUUCUAUUGUGUCGUCCUCAAAGAGGUUUGUGUCGGUCUGACCAAUUCCUUUGUUAUAACAUGAGGCAAAGUCAUUUUGGUAGCAUCUUAACUGGCUGUUUGUGAAUUUCUUUAAGCACGAUCGCAUCAAUCUCUGGUUUCAAACACACAUGCAAGACGAGCGGUGGCUUUUUGCAGUGCGAGUAUGAAAAACUUGUCUCAUAUUGUUUGACCCCUUCCCUCCGGAGGUUAGUGAACUUUCAGUGGCGAGUCAGACUGAGGCCGCACACAAACACACAGGAAGCCAGCUUGUUUUGGAUGAUGCUUCAAGUUUUGAGACUUUGUUACAAAAAAAGGGGUUGCUUCAAUGAAACAUUAUAUUAGCAGCGGUCCACAAGCAUGUGCAUACGUGUUAAAAACGUAAGAACAGGCGGAUGUCAAUCGUGGGAAUUCCAGUCCCCUCACUCCACCUCAUUCACUAGUUUAAAUCAAAAUCCUCUCUGCCUUACACCAUUAAAACAACACAACAUGUUUCCACUGUCACUCCAAAUCUGUGCAGGAGGGAAGAGCAAGAUAAUGGCAGAACAUUUCUGUCGGAUGUGCCCUGUUUGAAAUUCGCUUAAUUGCAUUAAUGUGUAUGACAGACAGGGGGUGGGCUGUGUUUCUAUAGAGAGGGGAAGCGCUUGCUUGUCUGUUUGCAUGUCCCUAUGCUAUUUGAGCGCAUGAAGGGGCUGUUAAUGCAUGUCCUGGGAAUAGGGUCGGUGUGAAGGAGAAGAGCUGAGGAGCAGGAAGUGAACUUUUGGCUGGCGUGUUGUGCGGAGCAGGAUGUGCCGUGUGUUUCUGCUCAGGGGCAGAUAGAGAGACGGAGAAUGGGGAGGGAGAGGAGCAGGGAGAGCGCAGCAGGGUGGACGCAAGCCAUUGUCUCAGUAUGAAAGCCUGUUCGUACUUCUUAAACUCUCCAUUCAGAAAACAAGUAGACUGUAUCUUCUCUUUUCCUUCCCGUUUUUGCUCUUUGGGAAUAGACCUCUGCUAAGUAUCACGGCGAUACGACAUCACGGGCUUUCAAGGGGGCUGCACGGCGAGGAAGCCAUUCAGACAUUUUGUUACAAUUUGAGGAUGUUGUGGAUAUAUUUUUUGGCAUCAUUUGGGUCAUUUUUUCCAUAUUAUGUCAUAGUUUUAACUUUUUAAAAUAAAUUGGGGGCAUGGCUGAUCAAUAUAAAUGGCCUAGAAACUGUAAUGUAAAUCAUAAUUAAAAAAAUGGCAGUAUUUUUAUUGCGCUGUGGUUGAUUCAAUUAGUAAAAUUACAAGAGUCUUGUUUCAAUUUACUGGUGUAGCCACUUGCCCCAUGGGGUUUUAUGCCAUAUGCCUUUGUUGAUGUUAUUUAUAUGACACAACAACCCAGAAAACCUCUCAUUGCCUACGAAGUGGUUUAGAUGAAGAUGUUUUGGAAGACAUUUAAAACAAUUUAUUAGCUACGCUAAUUGAUAUAAUGGAAAUGAGUGCAAAUAUAAACGAGUACAGCACCAUCUAGGAGAUGUGGGUUGAUCAUUUUAUUUUAUUUUUUAGGCCACUUCAUUCCUUUCUAAUGUUGUUAUGGCAUUCAUCCCAGGCCCGUAACUUUUAUAACACUAACACUAUAGAAGUAAAAACCGCCUGGAUGAGUUCCAGUGGCCCCGUGGAGACCAAAAAAGGAUUUAGGUUUAAUGUUAAAAAAUGCAGAGUAUGCCUUUAAGCUUUCUACCAGCAGCAGCGGGCCGAGGUCACCUGUGUGACUCUGACAGUCUGAUCUGCGAUCAUACCGCCGUCUGACAUUUAUUGUAUUUCACGAUGUUUUCCAAAAGGACUGAAGCACUUAGCAGACAUCGCAGAUCCUCAAAACAAAACUCAGUGACAAAUCUUUGUACUAUCCACGGGUUAUGUCGUCAAGUUAAGCUUCUGACCAACUUUGACUUUGCCUUGUUAUGAAAACCAUUAUCUGUGUGGCUGAUCUUAAGAGCACAGAGCCACAGACAUGCCACUGUUGUCCAGUGUAUAUAUUUCUUUUUAUGAGGACUCAUGUUUAAAUGUAGAGCAAAAUAAUAUCAAUAAUCAAGCCAUUUUUUGGCGCCGAAACCUAAAACUGACUCUUAAGUCAACCCAAUACAAAUGUGCCUUCGAUAUAACAAGCAAUUAUGUUCUGCAAUAACUUGUAUACGUGUGUGAGUGUGAAUGUGUACAUAGUGCACCUGUCCAUCUACAUGUCUGAACGCCUUUCCCACAGUGUCACAGGGUGAAGUACAAGAGCGAGACUUGACACUUUCAAGAGUCUUUAUUACAAGCAGCUGCUUUAGAUUUAUUUCCCCGAACUGCACUUUUCUGGAAAAAUCAUUCUAUUGUGAUUUUUUUAUUACUCUUAUGAUCCCCUAGAAGUCCCACAAUUGCCUUUCCUCUGGCACUUCUCUUUCCUCCUCUUCCUCCCUCCAGUGCAGAGCUUGGCCUCGCUCGUUCACCGCCCUUGUUACCUCGACUCACAGCUUCCCCGCUCACCUCUCCCUGUCCCCUCUCUCCUCUUACACUCAACACAAACCGCUGACCCACAGCGCCCGCUGCCUCCCCCCUCCUCUCCCGUGAUCCACUUACUUCCAGCUGUUUUUCAUGCUGAAGAAGACAGUUGUCUAAAUGUUUACGUGGAGAGCUACUUUCUUUUUCUUUAAGCCCUGAUCAAUUUCCAAAAUGAACUUUGUGGCAUGUGUUAAAAUACAGCAGAUGACUGGCCAGAUUAAAAAAAAACCUGACAUCGUUAUUGUAUUCUGAUCCUCAAGCCAAGAAACGGCUUACAAAGGGAGAUUAAAGACAGCAUAUCGUUGUAGAGGAAAUGCAGAAUAAUGUGAGGGGAAAUGUUCAGGGGAAAAUAUGCUCAGAAAGAUGCCAGUAAAGUAAACAUGUAUGAAAUUGCACAAUUGAGCCGGGCCUCGGCUGCACCAGCCAAGUCAUGCACUGAGAUGGAGAAAAGGGAGAGGGAAAGAAGCAGAGAGAAAAAUAGCUUGAUAGUUGUAACCUUCAGUAAAUAACUGAGAAAAGCUGGAUGCUUUGUGGGUCUCUUUUUUUCCGCUACAUUGUUCAUUUCAUCCUUCUUUUUUUUUUUGGAUAUUAUCUUGUGAGGAAAUUACGUUUUUUCAUUGUUGAUGACUGCAGGUCAUUGUCAGGAUUCUUUUUUAAAUGUUAAUGUCAGCGUGCCCUCUGGGAUGUCAUCCUUUUUCCAGACCUAACAAUUA